UGUGCAUUCUGCAGCACCCCCACCACUCCAAUGCCGACUCGAUUCUGUAUGGUCUAAGGGCAUUCUGAUUGAUUCUGAUAUUUCGGAUUGUGGGGAAGUGUCAGUUCCAGCAGGGUCUAAGCAAGAUGUCGGAAGUUAAGUCACGCCGUGUCGCGCAAAGUGAAGAUUUGUCGAACGUGGAGUUUGAAACCAGCGAAGAUGUCGAGGUUAUCCCGACUUUUGAUAAUAUGGGACUCCGUGACGAACUACUACGAGGGAUUUACGCCUACGGUUUCGAGAAACCGUCGGCAAUUCAACAGCGAUCUAUUAAGCCAAUUAUGAAAGGGCGAGAUGUGAUCGCCCAAGCACAGUCAGGUACUGGUAAAACAGCCACCUUUUCAAUCGCCAUAUUGCAGUCGUUGGAUACGCAGGUCCGUGAGACCCAGGUUCUCUGUCUGUCUCCCACACGCGAGCUUGCUACACAGAUCCAAAAAGUGAUAUUAGCUCUGGGUGAUUUCAUGAAUGUGCAAUGCCACGCCUGUAUCGGAGGUACCAAUUUAGGCGAAGAUAUCAGAAAAUUGGAUUACGGACAACAUGUUGUAUCCGGUACUCCAGGUCGAGUAUUUGACAUGAUAAAACGCAGAGUAUUGAGAACAAGAGCGAUAAAAAUGUUGGUUCUGGAUGAAUCGGACGAGAUGCUCAACAAGGGAUUCAAAGAACAGAUCUACGAUGUCUAUCGGUAUUUGCCCCCGGCUACCCAAGUUGUACUAGUUUCCGCUACGCUACCCCACGAGAUCCUUGAGAUGACCAGCAAGUUUAUGACUGAUCCUAUACGUAUUCUUGUUAAACGCGAUGAAUUGACCCUGGAAGGUAUCAAACAAUUUUUUGUUGCGGUUGAGCGUGAAGAAUGGAAAUUUGAUACUCUGUGCGAUCUGUACGAUACCCUUACAAUAACACAAGCUGUUAUUUUCUGUAACACAAAACGCAAGGUAGACUGGCUUACAGAAAAGAUGCGCGAAGCGAACUUCACCGUAUGUUCCAUGCAUGGAGAUAUGCCACAAAAAGAAAGGGACAACAUAAUGAAGGAAUUUAGAUCUGGUCAAAGCCGAGUAUUAAUCACAACGGACGUGUGGGCUAGAGGAAUAGAUGUACAACAAGUAUCAUUGGUGAUAAACUAUGAUCUACCUAAUAAUCGAGAAUUGUACAUUCACCGAAUUGGACGUUCGGGACGUUUUGGAAGGAAAGGUGUAUCCAUCAACUUCGUAAAAACCGAUGACAUCAGAAUUCUACGUGAUAUUGAGCAGUAUUAUUCCACGCAGAUUGAUGAGAUGCCCAUGAAUGUCGCCGAUUUAAUCUAAUUCAAAUAUUACCCGUUCUCCUCAACGUUUUGAUGAUAACCAAUAAUGGUACUAUUAUUUCUUUUCGUUGCAAAGUUCCCUAUAUCUAUGAAAUAACACUAGAUUACUUGUACCGGUUUCUUCUAGCUCGUUCAUCCUAUUCCUCAGAAUAGAAACAAUGGUGCAACAUAUUUCUACCUGUGAAUGAAUGCCUAUCAUUAUUUAUAUGAAUAAUUAUGCGUACCUGAAACACCAUUAUUGCAGGUCUAUUGAAAUCUGUUAUUUUUAUUUUCUUCGCGUUAGUUCAUUUCAAAUUGAUGUGCAAACUCAGCUGACAUGGACGUCCUGAAUAGCAAAAUAUAUUUUCCUACAAAUCAAUCUGUAGACUACUUUGGAUUUUUGGAAAAGAAACUUUUUCUGUGAGCAAAUCGUUUCGCUAUAAACGUCGGAUUAGGUACGAUAUUAUUUACAUAAAAUAAGAAGUAUGACAAAUGUAAAGUUUUAUUAAAAAUUCUUUAUGCUCGGAUUAGGUACGAUAUUGUAUGCAUAUAAUAAGAAUUAUGAUAAAUGUUAAGUUUUAAUAAAAAUUCUGUAUCCACAAGUAACGUUUCAUUCUUGAAACAUUGUUACAUCAAGGAUAACUUGUCAUAUACCUAUUUAUGUAUACGUAUAUUUCAUAAACACUAAGAAUAAAAUAUUCAGACCCUAUA